GAGAGACACAGAAAAAGAAAGAGAGGGAGAGGGAGAGGGAGCCGAGGCUCGAGGCCUUUCCACAGGGGACAAUCUGAGAGAAAGGCACUUCACGGCAAUUCUGCUCUCCUUCUCUUUCUGCCACUCUCUCUCUCCCUCGCUCUCUCCUCGCUCCCUCUCUCAUCAUCCCAACGCCAAUUGAUUUGUGUAUGAAAAGCUGGGCGCUUUUUUCGCCCCCCUCUCCGUCGGCGCGUUGUGAGUUGAUCAGCUGAUGAAGAGACUGAGCGCGCGCUGCAAUGCUGGGCUGCUAAUUCUCUCGCCUCCAGACAAGCGCCAGCCUGGAGACCACAGUCAGUCUCAGGCCAUCCAAAACGGAGUGUCUGAGGAUAUGGAGGAGGAAAGUAGUUUGAAGAAACGAAAAAGUGAUCACCAGGGCAACCAGGCCUCUGAGACCGGGCAGGAGGUCGUUGAAAAGGUCAAAAAGCGAAGGGGUCGGCCUCCAGCUGAGAAGCUACCACCAAAUCCCCCGAAACUCACCAAACAAAUGAACACACUUGUUGACAUGGUCAUGAACUACAAAGACACGUUGGGCCGUCAGAUCAGUAAAGGAUUUGUUCAGCUGCCUUCAAGGAAAGAGGUACCAGAAUACUACGAGCUUAUUCGUAAGCCUGUGGACUUCCGAAGGAUCAGGGAACGAGUGCGCAACCACAAGUACAGGUGCAUUGCAGACUUGGAAAAAGAUAUAAUACAGAUGUGCCACAAUGCUCAAACUUACAACCUGGAGGGAUCUCAGAUCUUUGAGGAUUCCAUUGUCCUGAAGUCAGUCUUUGAGAGUGCAAGACAACGGAUAGUAGAAAUCCACCAAGAGGACAACGAUGCAGUUGGAGGCAGUGAGGCAGACUGUGCUGAUCAUUUAAAUCUAGAAUUAAAAUCGGAAGCAACAAACACAAAGUUUGACAAGAACAGAGAGAGAAGUAAGACUGCUCCUGCUAAUUCCAGCGCUAAAGUGAAAGAUAUUUACAGCGAUGAGGAUAGUGCUGAAGACCAGGGGGAUAACACAGGCCUGGAAGAUGGCUGAAUUGCUUCUUCUGUACACAAGCCUCUUACCACUCAAUCAUCUUGCUAUCAUUGGAAAAUCAUCAAUUCAUCCAUCACAUCAUUUUUCUGUGACUUGGUUCAGUGAAUGCAAAGUUCCAAAUUUGAUGGCAGACUUAAUCCCACUUUACAGGAUGCUAACUAACACAUUGAGAUACAAUUAAUUGGAUUACAUUGUAAUCACCUUUCAGCAUCAUUACAGUAAUUAAUGUAUGCUUACAAUAUAAAGUUACACAUAUUGUGGGAACGAUAAGAAGCAAAGCAAACAGUAAACAAGCAAAGGUGAUUGGAUAUAUUCUAACAUUUAUUUUCAUUUUGUAUUUUUUUGGAAACACUUUAAAAGUUGAGGAUGUAUUAACUUAUUUUCACUUAGAAAAUCAACAAAAUGUGUAAUUUGACCAUAGACGCCCAAACAUUUGCAUAUAACUGUAUGUUACUGUUAUAAUAAAUGCAAAGAUAAAUGAGGAUGUGACAACUACAAUUCUCUAGUUUUAACAGAAGCAUUCACCUUUCAAUGGCGUGAUUGAUGUCUGCCAGCCAUUGCAUCUCAUUUAUCCCAGAUGUUGCUAUUUUUAUUGGUUCUUUUGUGUCUGUAAGAACCUGGAGCAUUCCCGUUUGUGCAUUUUUGUCCUCACAGGUUGCAUCCAUCUUUGAGAACAAAACUGAAACCUGAAUCAAAUAGCACCACGUAUUUAAUCAAUUAAUGUCUUGACUAUAUGAAUAAUGAGCUCUGUCUUGUCUUGGAGCACGAUGUACUUUGCUGGAUGGAAACUGCCCUCAAAGAGAGGCGCCUAAUGAAUACACUGUCGAGCGGUGGGUCGAAGUUUGAGGGAUGGGAAAGAUGAUGGCUUUAUAGAUAGAUUUUGAAAUAAAGUUUUUAAGGUUUAUAUGACAUGAAAGUGCAAUGAGGUUUGAUUCAAAUCAUCUUAAUUGAUAAUAAACAUUUUUUAUAAAUACC